UAUAUAUUUUGUCACCAGCAGCAGUUAAACUAAAGGAGGAACAGCUCCAUUCUAUUACGGGUUAAAUUAUGCUCUGUGCCGAACUAGUGGUGAUGUAUAAAUUGCAGCCCUGUCUUUUUUCCAAAGGAUUCUAAAAUAGGUUUUCCGAAUUAGUGCUGGAUUUUCGCUCCUGCAUGUGUGGUGACUCUGGAUUUUUUCCCUUCGGAGAACCAUCCUUUGCAGCAUUCCCCCUUCCGAGGAAUCACUUAGACACUUCCAGCUGGUGGCAGGGGAUACAGCCAUAAUACAGCUUCCUCUGUCCCAGCUGUCUUUUUCACUACGAUAAAUGCAUUACGAUGGCUGCACUCUCGUGUAAAGGUUCAGGUAGAGGAAGGUGUAGGAUGAAGUCUGGAAGCCGUCUUUUGGGUUUUUAAAAGCUUCAGCUUCGACAGCAUCUCUGCAUUUUGAAUGUCUUCCUGCUUCUGGUCAAAGGUUUCUCUCCAGUGAUUGGAAUGCUACUGUAAGCCUGGUUAAAGGUGCCUGAGGAUAUCACCUUAUACAAGGAAGCCCUGCGUGCUUGAGAAGAGCUUUUUCAAUGCAUUAUGGCUCAUGCAGCCUCACAAUUAAAGAAAAACAGGGAUUUAGAAAUCAAUGCUGAAGAGGAGACUGAGAAGAAAAGGAAACACCGCAAACGGUCCCGGGAUCGGAAGAAAAAGUCUGAUGCCAAUGCAAGUUACUUAAGAGCAGCUCGAGCUGGACACCUUGAAAAGGCUCUUGACUACAUAAAAAAUGGGGUUGACAUAAACAUUUGCAAUCAGAAUGGGUUGAACGCGCUCCAUCUUGCUUCUAAAGAAGGCCAUGUAGAAGUUGUUUCUGAACUGCUACAGAGAGAAGCCAAUGUGGAUGCAGCUACAAAGAAAGGAAACACAGCCUUGCAUAUAGCAUCUUUGGCUGGGCAAGCAGAGGUGGUAAAAGUCUUGGUCACAAAUGGAGCCAAUGUCAAUGCACAAUCUCAGAAUGGUUUCACGCCAUUGUAUAUGGCAGCCCAGGAAAACCACCUGGAAGUUGUCAAGUUUCUUCUUGACAAUGGUGCAAGCCAGAGCCUAGCCACAGAGGAUGGCUUCACACCAUUGGCAGUAGCUUUGCAACAAGGUCAUGAUCAAGUAGUUUCUCUGCUGUUAGAAAAUGACACUAAAGGAAAAGUGCGUCUUCCAGCUCUUCACAUCGCUGCCCGAAAAGACGACACGAAAGCCGCGGCCCUGCUGCUGCAGAAUGACAACAACGCAGACGUGGAGUCAAAGAGUGGCUUCACUCCUCUCCACAUAGCUGCUCACUAUGGGAAUAUCAAUGUAGCCACGUUGCUGUUAAACCGAGCGGCUGCUGUGGACUUCACGGCAAGGAAUGACAUCACGCCUUUACACGUUGCAUCAAAAAGAGGAAAUGCCAAUAUGGUAAAACUCUUGCUUGAUCGAGGAGCUAAAAUCGAUGCCAAAACAAGGGACGGUCUGACGCCCCUGCAUUGUGGAGCACGGAGUGGCCAUGAGCAGGUGGUAGAAAUGCUGCUUGAUCGAGCUGCCCCCAUUCUUUCAAAAACCAAGAAUGGACUGUCUCCAUUGCACAUGGCCACACAAGGGGAUCACUUAAACUGCGUCCAGCUUCUCCUCCAGCAUAACGUGCCCGUAGAUGACGUCACCAAUGACUACCUGACUGCCCUGCAUGUGGCUGCCCACUGUGGCCAUUACAAGGUCGCCAAGGUUCUCUUGGACAAGAAAGCUAACCCCAAUGCCAAAGCCCUGAAUGGCUUUACCCCUCUUCAUAUUGCCUGCAAGAAGAAUCGGAUUAAAGUCAUGGAACUCCUUCUGAAACACGGUGCAUCCAUCCAAGCCGUAACCGAGUCGGGCCUUACCCCAAUCCAUGUUGCUGCCUUCAUGGGGCAUGUAAAUAUCGUAUCACAACUAAUGCAUCAUGGAGCCUCACCGAACACGACCAAUGUGAGAGGAGAAACAGCGCUGCACAUGGCAGCUCGAUCUGGCCAAGCUGAAGUCGUGAGGUAUCUGGUGCAAGACGGCGCUCAGGUAGAAGCUAAAGCCAAGGAUGACCAAACCCCACUCCACAUUUCUGCCCGAUUGGGGAAGGCAGAUAUAGUACAACAGCUGUUGCAGCAAGGAGCAUCUCCAAAUGCAGCCACAACUUCUGGGUAUACCCCACUCCACCUUUCGGCCCGCGAGGGGCAUGAGGACGUAGCUGCAUUCCUUUUGGAUCAUGGAGCAUCUUUAUCUAUAACAACAAAGAAAGGAUUUACUCCCCUCCAUGUGGCCGCAAAAUAUGGGAAGCUGGAAGUAGCCAAUCUCCUGCUACAGAAAAGUGCAUCUCCAGAUGCUGCUGGGAAGAGCGGGCUAACUCCACUGCACGUAGCUGCACAUUACGAUAAUCAGAAAGUGGCCCUCCUGCUUUUGGACCAAGGAGCCUCACCUCACGCGGCUGCAAAGAAUGGUUAUACGCCACUGCACAUCGCUGCCAAAAAGAACCAGAUGGACAUAGCAACAACUCUGCUGGAAUAUGGUGCUGAUGCAAAUGCAGUUACCCGGCAAGGAAUUGCUUCUGUCCAUCUUGCAGCUCAGGAAGGACAUGUGGACAUGGUGUCCCUGCUCCUCAGCAGAAAUGCUAAUGUGAACCUGAGCAAUAAGAAUGGCCUGACCCCACUCCAUUUGGCUGCUCAAGAAGACAGAGUGAAUGUGGCUGAAGUCCUCGUAAACCAAGGGGCAAAUGUGGAUGCCCAGACAAAGAUGGGAUACACACCUCUCCAUGUGGGCUGCCACUAUGGAAACAUCAAGAUUGUUAACUUCCUGCUCCAGCAUUCUGCAAAAGUUAAUGCCAAAACAAAGAAUGGGUAUACGCCGUUACAUCAAGCAGCUCAGCAGGGACACACACAUAUAAUAAAUGUCUUGCUUCAGAACAACGCUUCCCCCAAUGAACUCACUGUGAAUGGGAACACUGCCCUCGCCAUUGCCCGGAGGCUGGGCUACAUCUCAGUGGUCGACACCCUGAAAGUAGUGACUGAGGAAACCAUGACCACAACUACUAUCAUAGAGAAGCACAAAAUGAAUGUUCCAGAAACGAUGAAUGAAGUUCUUGAUAUGUCUGAUGAUGAAGUUCGUAAAGCCAACGCCCCUGAAAUGCUCAGUGAUGGCGAAUAUAUCUCAGAUGUUGAAGAAGGUGAUAGAUGCACAUGGUAUAAAAUUCCCAAGGUACAAGAGUUUACGGUGAAAAGUGAGGACGCAAUGACAGGUGACACGGACAAAUACCUGGGGCCCCAGGACCUCAAGGAGCUGGGCGAUGACUCUCUCCCUGCAGAGGGCUACAUGGGCUUUAGUCUUGGGGCCCGUUCUGCCAGUCCCAAGAUCAGCCUCCGCUCCUUCAGUUCGGAUAGGUCGUACACCUUGAACAGAAGCUCCUAUGCGCGGGACAGCAUGAUGAUUGAAGAACUCCUUGUACCAUCCAAAGAGCAGCAUCUAACAUUUACAAGAGAAUUUGAUUCAGAUUCUCUUAGACAUUAUAGCUGGGCUGCAGAUACCUUAGACAAUGUCAAUCUUGUCUCAAGUCCUGUUCAUUCUGGCUAUUCUUCUCCACUUCCUCAGUAUGAUUCAAGGUUUCUGGUUAGCUUUAUGGUGGAUGCAAGAGGAGGCUCCAUGAGAGGGAGCCGUCACCACGGGAUGAGAAUCAUCAUCCCCCCGCGCAAGUGUACGGCCCCCACCCGAAUCACCUGCCGAUUGGUAAAGAGACAUAAACUGGCCAACCCACCCCCCAUGGUGGAAGGAGAGGGAUUAGCCAGUAGGCUGGUAGAAAUGGGUCCUGCAGGGGCACAAUUUUUAGGCCCUGUCAUAGUGGAAAUCCCUCACUUUGGGUCCAUGAGAGGAAAGGAGAGAGAACUCAUUGUUCUUCGAAGUGAAAAUGGUGAAACAUGGAAGGAGCAUCAGUUUGACAGUAAAAAUGAAGACUUAACCGAAUUACUCAAUGGCAUGGAUGAAGAACUUGACAGCCCAGAGGAGCUAGGGAAAAAGCGUAUCUGCAGGAUCAUCACAAAGGACUUCCCCCAGUAUUUCGCUGUGGUUUCACGGAUUAAGCAGGAAAGCAACCAGAUUGGCCCUGAAGGCGGGAUUCUGAGCAGCACCACUGUGCCCCUUGUCCAGGCCUCAUUCCCAGAGGGUGCUUUAACCAAAAGAAUCCGCGUGGGCCUCCAGGCCCAGCCUGUUCCAGAUGAAAUUGUGAAAAAGAUUCUUGGAAACAAAGCAACGUUUAGCCCAAUCGUCACCGUGGAACCAAGAAGAAGGAAAUUCCAUAAACCUAUCACAAUGACCAUCCCGGUCCCCCCGCCCUCAGGAGAAGGCGUGUCCAACGGGUACAAGGGAGAUACCACGCCCAAUCUGCGCCUGCUCUGUAGCAUUACAGGAGGCACCUCGCCUGCUCAGUGGGAAGACAUCACAGGAACUACACCUCUGACAUUUAUAAAGGAUUGUGUCUCUUUUACAACCAAUGUUUCAGCCAGAUUUUGGCUUGCAGACUGCCAUCAAGUUUUAGAAACUGUGGGGUUAGCCUCACAGCUGUACAGAGAACUAAUAUGUGUUCCAUAUAUGGCCAAGUUUGUUGUUUUUGCCAAAAUGAAUGAUCCUGUAGAAUCCUCCCUGCGCUGUUUCUGCAUGACAGAUGACAAAGUGGACAAAACUUUAGAGCAGCAAGAGAAUUUUGAAGAAGUUGCAAGAAGCAAAGAUAUUGAGGUUCUGGAAGGAAAACCUAUUUAUGUUGAUUGUUAUGGAAAUCUGGCCCCACUUACUAAAGGGGGACAGCAGCUGGUUUUUAACUUUUAUGCUUUCAAAGAAAAUAGACUGCCGUUUUCCAUCAAGAUUAGAGACACCAGCCAAGAGCCCUGUGGUCGUCUGUCUUUUCUGAAAGAACCAAAGACAACAAAAGGACUGCCUCAAACAGCUGUUUGCAACUUAAAUAUCACUCUGCCAGCACAUAAAAAGGAGACAGAGUCAGAUCAAGAUGAUGAGGCCGAGAAAGCAGAUAGACGACAGAGCUUUGCAUCUUUAGCGUUACGUAAGCGCUACAGCUACUUGACUGAGCCUGGAAUGAAAACAGUUGAACGGAGUGCAGGAGCAACAAGAUCCCUCCCCACCACUUACUCAUACAAGCCAUUCUUUUCUACAAGACCAUACCAGUCCUGGACAACAGCUCCGAUCACAGUGCCUGGGCCAGCCAAGUCAGGCUUCACUUCCUUAUCAAGCUCUUCCUCUAAUACGCCAUCAGCUUCUCCGUUAAAAUCAAUAUGGUCUGUUUCGACUCCUUCUCCAAUCAAAUCCACAUUAGGCGCGUCGACUACAUCUUCAGUUAAAUCCAUUAGUGAUGUGGCAUCUCCGAUUAGAUCCUUUCGGACAAUUUCUUCACCGAUAAAAACAGUGGUGUCACAAUCUCCGUACAAUAUCCAGGUUUCCUCUGGUACCCUGGUUAGAGCUCCCACAGUCCCAGAGUCCUCGCCUUUAAAAGGGCUGGCAUCCAAUUCUACGUUUUCCUCCCGAACCUCUCCAGUGACUACAGCGGGGUCUCUUCUGGAGAGGUCGUCAAUUACUAUGACCCCCCCUGCCUCCCCCAAAUCAAACAUUAAUAUGUAUUCCUCAAGUUUGCCAUUUAAGUCAAUUAUUACAUCAGCAGCACCGCUAAUAUCUUCGCCUCUAAAGUCAGUGGUGUCUCCAGUGAAAUCAGCAGUUGAUGUCAUUUCAUCAGCUAAAGUUACAAUGGCCCCCUCUCUCUCAUCACCUGUGAAACAGAUGCCUGGACAUGCAGAGGUAGCAUUAGUCAAUGGAUCUAUUUCCCCCCUGAAAUAUCCGUCAUCUUCAACUUUAAUUAAUGGAUGCAAAGCCACUGCCACGUUACAGGAAAAAAUUUCUACGGCUACAAACUCUGUGAGCUCUGUGGUUAGCGCAGCCACUGACACAGUCGAUAAAGUGUUUUCUACCACGACAGCGAUGCCAUUUUCCCCACUCAGGUCAUAUGUUUCUUCGGCACCAUCCGCUUUUCAGUCUCUAAGAACUCCUUCAGCAAGUGCACUCUAUACAUCCCUUGGGUCGUCAAUAUCUGCAACUACCUCAUCUGUAACUUCAUCUAUAAUAACAGUGCCAGUAUACUCUGUAGUCAAUGUUUUGCCAGAACCAGCAUUAAAGAAACUUCCAGACUCUAGUUCACUUACAAAAUCAGCAGCAGCCUUGCUGUCACCCAUUAAAACAUUGACUACGGAGACACGUCCUCAGCCCCAUUUCAAUCGAACUUCAUCUCCAGUUAAGUCGUCUUUGUUCCUUGCACCCUCUGCCCUUAAGUUGUCUACACCAUCUUCUUUAUCUUCCAGUCAGGAGAUAUUAAAAGACGUGGCUGAAAUGAAAGAGGACCUCAUGCGGAUGACCGCAAUACUACAAACAGACGUGCCUGAGGAGAAGCCAUUCCAACCCGAACUCCCGAAAGAAGGGAGAAUUGACGAUGAAGAACCUUUCAAAAUCGUUGAGAAAGUAAAGGAAGACUUGGUGAAAGUGAGUGAAAUCCUUAAAAAAGAUGUAUGUGUAGAUAAUAAAGGACCACCCAAAUCACCAAAGAGUGACAAAGGACUCUCUCCCGAAGACGACUGGAUAGAAUUUAGUUCGGAAGAAAUAAGAGAAGCGAGACAACAAGCUGCCACGAUCCAUUCCCCAACUCUGCCAGAGAGAGUGCAAGUGAAAGCAAAAGCCGCCUCCGAGAAGGAUUAUAACUUGACCAAAGUUAUUGACUACUUAACAAAUGAUAUUGGGAGUAGUUCGUUGACAAAUUUAAAGUACAAGUUUGAGGAUGCAAAGAAGGAUGGUGAAGAGAGACAGAAAAGGAUUCUGAAGCCAGCAAUCGCUUUGCAGGAACACAAACUCAAAAUGCCUCCAGCCUCCAUGAGGCCUUCCACCUCUGAGAAAGAGUUGUGUAAAAUGGCCGAUUCCUUUUUUGGAACAGAUACUAUUUUAGAGUCUCCGGAUGACUUUUCUCAACAUGACCAAGACAAAAGCCCUUUGUCUGACAGUGGCUUUGAAACAAGAAGUGAAAAAACGCCUUCAGCCCCACAGAGUGCUGAAAGCACUGGCCCUAAACCACUUUUUCACGAAGUCCCCAUCCCUCCUGUCAUUACAGAAACAAGAACUGAAGUGGUGCAUGUUAUCAGGAGCUAUGAACCUUCAGCUGGAGAUGCUCCCCCAGGCCAACCAGAGGAGCCGGUGUCACCCAAACCUUCACCUACUUUUACAGAACUGGAGCCAAAGCCCACCACCUCUAGUAUUAAGGAAAAAGUGAAAGCAUUUCAAAUGAAAGCCAACGGUGAAGAAGACGACCACAGUCGGGUUCUGAGCAAAGGCAUGCGUGUUAAGGAAGAGACUCACAUAACCACGACCACCAGAAUGGUCUAUCAUUCUCCACCAGGCAGUGAAGGUGCCUCUGAAAGAAUUGAAGAAACCAUGUCAGUCCAUGACAUCAUGAAGGCCUUUCAGUCCGGGCGGGACCCUUCCAAAGAACUGGCAGGUCUGUUUGAGCAUAAGUCGGCAGUGCCUCCAGAUGUUCACAAGUCUGCUGCUGAAACCUCAGCCCAGCAUGCAGAGAAGGACAACCAAAUGAAACCCAAACUGGAGCGUAUAAUAGAAGUCCACAUCGAAAAAGGUAACCAAGCUGAGCCCACUGAAGUCAUUAUUAGAGAAACCAAAAAGCAUCCAGAAAAGGAAAUGUAUGUAUAUCAGAAAGACUUAUCCCGGGGAGAUAUUAACCUAAAAGAUUUUCUGCCAGAAAAACACGAUGCUUUUCCUUGUUCAGAGGAACAGGGUCAGCAAGAAGAAGAAGAACUCACUGCUGAAGAGUCAUUGCCUUCUUAUCUGGAGUCUUCCAGAGUAAACACUCCUGUGUCCCAAGAAGAAGAUAGUCGCCCUAGUUCUGCUCAACUCAUAUCUGAUGACUCUUAUAAAACAUUGAAGCUUUUGAGUCAACACUCAAUAGAAUACCAUGACGAUGAGUUGUCAGAACUAAGAGGGGAGUCUUACAGGUUUGCUGAGAAAAUGCUUCUGUCAGAAAAGCUAGAUGUGUCUCACUCUGAUACCGAGGAAUCGGUUACAGACCAUGCAGGACCCCCUAGCUCAGAGUUACAGGGGUCUGAUAAGCGGUCCAGAGAAAAAGUAGUCACUGCCCCCAAAAAAGAAAUUCUCUCCAAAAUCUAUAAAGAUGUGUCUGAAAAUGGUGUAGGUAAAGUGUCUAAAGAUGAGCAUUUUGAUAAAGUGACAGUGUUGCACUAUUCUGGCGAUGUUAGUAGUCCAAAACAUGCCAUGUGGAUGCGCUUUACUGAGGACAGAUUAGACAGAGGUAGAGAGAAGUUGAUAUAUGAAGAUAGGGUGGACAGGACUGUGAAGGAAGCUGAAGAAAAACUGACUGAAGUGUCACAGUUUUUUCGUGACAAAACCGAAAAGCUUAAUGAUGAACUGCAGUCCCCAGAGAAAAAGCCACGCCCUAGAAAUGGUAAAGAAUACUCUUCUCAAAGCUCUACCAGUAGCAGCCCCGAGAAGGUACUGCUGACAGAACUGUUGGCAUCCAAUGAUGAGUGGGUUAAGGCAAGGCAGCAUGGCCAUGAUGGACAAGGCUUCCCCAAAGCUGAUGAGAGGAAAGAAUCCAGUCUGCCGAGCAGCCCAGAGAAGAAGGUUCUCUCCCAACAGCCUGAGGACAGCAAGUCCAUGGAGGAAGCCAAAGAAAGCAUUUCGCAGAGCAAAGCACCAGAAGGGCCCCAGUCUGGCUUUCAGCUCAAACAAUCCAAACUCAGUUCCAUUAGAUUAAAAUUUGAACAAGGCGCACAGGCAAAAAGUAAGGACAUGUCUCAAGAAGACAAAAAGCCGGAGGGCCAAUCCAGAAUCCCAGUCAAAAAAAUCCAGGAGAGCAAGCUGCCUGUCUACCAAGUUUUUGCUAGAGAAAAGCAGCAGAAGGCCAUAGACCUCCCAGAUGAAAGUGUGUCUGUGCAAAAUGAUUUUAUGGUCCUGAAAGCUAAAGAUGAGCAUGUCCAAAGCAAUGAAAUUGUCAUAAAUGAUUCUGGCUCCGAGGAUGUGAAGACACAGAGAACUGAAAUGUCAAGUAAAGCAAUGCCUGACUAUUUUUCUGAGCAACAGGCUAAAGACUUGGCAUGUCAUGUAACCUCAGAUUUAGCAACUAAGGGACCAUGGGACAAAAAGGUCUUUAGAACAUGGGAAAGUUCUGGAGCUGCUAACAAUAAGUCGCAGAAAGAAAAACUUUCACAUGUACUUGUUCAUGAUGUAAGAGAGAAUCACACUGGUCACCCUGAGAGUAAGAUUGUUGAUCAAAGGAGUGAAUUUAUGUCUGUGACUGAGAGAGAACACAAGUUGUUAACAAAUGGGUCUCUCUCAGAAAUUAAGGAAAUGACUGUAAAAUCUCCCUCCAAAAAGGUCUUAUAUAGGGAAUAUGUUGUGAAAGAAGGGGAACGGCCGGGUGGAUCUCUGGAACAGCCUUCCAGGAGGAGUGAGAGCUCAGCAGCAUCACACAUCCCGGUCAGAGCUGCAGAGGGACGGAGAAUACUGUCUUCUGAUAUUCCUGACGGUUUUUGCGAGCAGCCGAUGUUCCCCCAACACGAACUAUCACCAAAGUUGUCCCCAUCAAGUAUGAGUAAAGAGACAGUCGAGACACAGCACUUUAAUUCUAUAGAAGACGAAAAAGUUACCUAUUCAGAAAUCAGCAAAGUUUCCAAACGCCAGAGUUACGUAGGCUUAUGCCCUCCUCUCGAUGAAACUGAAACCUCUCCCACCAAAUCUCCUGAUUCCUUAGAGUUUAGCCCAGGAAAGGAAUCUCCCUCUAGUGAUGUGUUUGACCACAGUCCCCUUGAUGGAUUGGAAAGAGUUGCUCCACUAGCCCAGACGGAGGGAGGGAAAGACAUAAAAACUUUACCUGUUUAUGUCAGUUUUGUACAGGUGGGGAAGCAGUAUGAAAAGGAGAUACAACAAGGAAGUGUAAAAAAGAUCAUAAGUCAGGAGUGUAAGACAGUACAAGAGACCAGGGGGACCUUUUAUACAACUAGACAGCAGAAGCAGCCUCCUUCUCCCCAAGGUAGUCCAGAAGACGACACUCUAGAACAAGUUUCCUUUCUAGACAGCUCUGGGAAAAGCCCUUUAACCCCAGAAACACCCAGUUCAGAGGAAGUGAGUUAUGAAUUCACGUCUAAGACACCAGACUCGCUCAUAGCUUAUAUACCAGGCAAACCCAGCCCAAUCCCUGAGGUUUCUGAGGAAUCUGAGGAGGAGGAGCAGGCCAAGUCAGCCUCCUUAAAGCAGACUACGGUGGAGGAAGCAACCGUGGAGCGUGAAAUGCCUACCGAUGCGAGCAAAGACUCUAACCAAAGACCCAAAACCAGUAGAGUUGCCUAUAUUGAGUUCCCCCCUCCUCCACCAUUGGAUGCAGACCAGAUGGAGCCAGAUAAGAAACAUCAUUAUCUCCCUGAAAGAGAGGUUGACAUGAUUGAAGUCAGUCUGCAAGAUGAACAUGACAAGUACCAGCUGGCUGAACCGGUCAUCAGAGUGCAGCCACCUUCUCCAGUUCCUCCCGGGGCAGACAUCAGCGAUUCGAGCGAUGACGAGUCCAUCUAUCAGCCGGUCCCAGUUAAAAAAUACACCUUCAAAUUAAAGGAAGUAGACGAUGAACAAAAAGAAAUGACCAAAUCCAAAGCUCCUGCUGACAAGGCUUCCAACCAGAAAGAAUUGGAAACCAAUGGAUCUGGAAAAGAUAACGAAUUUGGCCUUGGCCUCGAUUCACCUCAGAAUGAAACCGCCCAGAAUGGGAACAAUGACCAGUCCAUCACAGAGUGUUCCAUUGCUACCACGGCCGAGUUUUCUCAUGACACAGAUGCCACAGAGAUCGACUCUCUGGAUGGCUAUGACCUGCAAGAUGAAGAUGAUGGCCUGACAGAGAGUGAUUCUAAACUCCCAAGUCAAACCAUGGAAAUCAAGAAAGAUGUCUGGAACACAGAGGGCAUUCUGAAGCCAGCUGAUCGCUCCUUUAGCCAAAGUAAACUUGAAGUUAUCGAGGAGGAGGAGGGAAGGGUGGGACCAGACGAAGAUAAGCCACCUUCUAAAAGUUCCUCAUCCGAAAGGACCCCUGAUAAGACUGAUCAGAAAUCAGGGGCCCAGUUUUUCACUCUAGAAGGCAGACAUCCUGACAGAUCAGUGUUUCCUGAUACUUACUUCAGUUACAAAGUAGAUGAAGAAUUUGCCACUCCUUUUAAAACAGUAGCUACCAAAGGUCUAGAUUUUGAUCCCUGGUCUAAUAACCGAGGGGAUGAUGAAGUUUUUGACAGUAAAUCACGGGAAGAUGAAACUAAGCCAUUUGGUCUGGCUGUGGAAGACCGCUCGCCAGCAACAACCCCUGAUACAACGCCAGCCAGAACGCCAACUGAUGAAAGUACCCCAACUAGUGAGCCUAACCCCUUCCCAUUUCACGAAGGGAAAAUGUUUGAGAUGACUCGCAGUGGUGCAAUUGACAUGAGCAAGAGGGAUUUUGUUGAAGAGAGGCUCCAAUUUUUCCAGAUUGGUGAGCAUACUUCUGAAGGGAAGUCAGGGGACCAGGGGGAAGGGGAUAAAAGUAUGGUCACUGCCACACCACAGCCACAGUCAGGGGACACCACUGUAGAAACCAAUCUAGAGAGAAAUGUAGAGGCACCUCCAGUCGAACCCAACCCCAGCAUCCCGACCAGCGGAGAGUGUCAGGAAGGCACAUCCAGUAGUGGCUCCCUGGAGAAAUCGGCAGCAGCCACUAGCACCUCUAAAGUUGACCCCAAGUUGCGCACGCCUAUAAAAAUGGGAAUUUCUGCAUCCACCAUGACCAUGAAGAAAGAAGGCCCUGGAGAAGUGACAGAUAAGAUAGAAGCUGUGAUGACCAGUUGUCAGGGACUAGAGAAUGAAACUAUACCAAUGAUUUCAAAUACAGCCAAUAGCCACAUGGGCACUAGGCCCCAAGAAAAACAUGAUUUCCAGAAAGAUAACUUUAAUAACAACAACAAUUUGGAUUCUUCCACUAUACAGACAGAUAACAUUACAAGUAAUAUAGUUCUGACAGAACAUUCUGCACCCACUUGUACCACAGAGAAAGCUAAUCCAGUGAAAAUCUCAUCAGGAAAAAAGACAGGGGUACUGCAAGGACACUGUGUAAGAGAUAAGCAGAAAGUUCUUGGAGAGCAGCCAAAGACCAAGGAAUCGAUAGGGAUUAGGCGAAAAUCCAAACUUCCCAUAAAGGCCACUUCACCAAAAGAUAUCUGCCCACCAAGUCAUAUGCCAAACAUGAAAGUGAGUAAAACGAAGCAGGUCAGUCAAUCUGAGAAAACCAAAACCCUUAUUUCUUCUUCAUGUGUAGAUGUAAAGUCCAGAAUUCCAGUAAAAGACACACACAGAGAUAACGUAGUUAGAAAAGCAUGUGCCACACAAAAGCAAGGGCAGCCAGAGAAAGGCAAGGCCAAACAGCUUCCAUCCAAGUUGCCAGUAAAGGUAAGAUCCACCUGUGUCACCACCACUACCACCACCACCACCACCACCACCACCACCACCACCGCCAUAGUAAAAGUUAGGAAGAGUCAGCUUAAGGAAGUAUGUAAACAUUCCAUUGAAUAUUUUAAGGGAAUUAGUGGUGAGACCUUAAAGCUUGUGGACCGCCUCUCUGAAGAAGACAAAAAGAUGCAGUCCGAGUUGUCCGAUGAGGAAGACAGUACCUCAAGAAACACGUCGUUGUCCGAGACUUCCCGGGGUGGCCAGCCUUCAGUUACCACGAAGUCUGCUAGAGAUAAGAAAACAGAGGCAGCACCUUUAAAAUCAAAGAGUGAAAAGGCCGGCAGUGGGAAAAGGAGCAGUAGAAGGACUGGUCCACAGAGUCCAUGUGAACGGACAGAUAUCAGGAUGGCAAUAGUAGCCGACCACCUGGGACUUAGUUGGACAGAACUGGCAAGGGAACUGAAUUUUUCAGUGGAUGAAAUCAAUCAAAUACGUGUGGAAAAUCCAAAUUCUUUAAUUUCUCAAAGCUUCAUGUUAUUAAAAAAAUGGGUUACCAGAGACGGAAAAAAUGCUACAACUGAUGCCUUAACUUCGGUCUUGACAAAAAUUAAUCGAAUAGAUAUAGUGACUCUGCUAGAAGGACCGAUAUUUGAUUAUGGAAAUAUUUCAGGCACCAGGAGUUUUGCAGAUGAGAACAAUGUUUUCCAUGACCCUGUUGAUGGUUGGCAGAACGAGACAUCAGGUGGAAACCUAGAAUCCCCUGCUCAAGCUCGAAGACUAACCGGUGGGUUACUAGAAAGACUGGAUGACAGCCCUGAUCAGUGUCGAGAUUCCAUUACCUCAUAUCUCAAAGGAGAACCUGGAAAAUUUGAAGCAAAUGGGAGCCACACAGAAGUCACUCCAGAAGCAAAGACAAAAUCUUACUUUCCAGAAUCCCAAAAUGAUAUAGGGAAACAGAGCGCUAAGGAAACUCUGAAACCAAAAAUCCAUGGAUCUGGUCGUGUUGAGGAACCAGCAUCAUCACUAGCCGCCUAUCAGAAAGCUCUAGAAGAAACCAGCAAGUUUGUAAUAGAAGAGCCUAAACCCUGUGUGCCUGUCAGUAUGAAAAAGAUGAGUAGGACUUCCCCUGCAGAUGGCAAGCCAAGGCUUAACCUGCACGAAGAAGAAGGGUCCAGUGGGUCUGAGCAAAAGGUCAAAAGUCCGGGUGCGGUUCUUACACGGAUGACUGCCUGCUGUUACAAGGACUUGAAAGACAGUGAGAGUGAUUCGAGCUCAGAGGAAGAACGGAGAGUCACUACCCGAGUUAUUCGCCGGCGUUUGAUUAUAAAGGGAGAGGAAGCAAAAAGCAUUCCUGGUGAAUCUGUCACAGAAGAACAAUUUACUGAUGAAGAAGGCAACCUCAUCACCAGAAAAAUCACUCGGAAAGUAAUAAGACGAAUUGCUAUCCCACAAGAGAGAAAACAUGAUGAGAUGCAGGGAGAAGGUUAUAAGGUGAAGACAGCGAAGAAGGAAAUCCGUCAUGUGGAAAAGAAGAGCCAUUCAUAACAGUAAACGGAUCAUGUAAUUUUACUGCCAGUAUUGAGAAAUUCAUGGAAGAGAUGUCAGCAGGAAGUAAAAAUUCAUGGAGAAGGGUGUGUGUGUUUGCUGCUUCCACACAUUAAUGGCAUGAUUUUUUUUUAUGCAAAAAGAAAAAAAAAAGAAAUCUACCCACAUUUUAAUUUAGCAUGAGCCAAUUUACAGAGCAUGGAAAUUCACUUUCAUUCCCAGGAUUGGCGCGUGUGCAAUUAGCAAUGCAGUGUAUAUACAAGAAGCCAUGCUGUUAACAGUUUAUCCUAAGUAAUUUGGUGUCAUUUACAAAAGGAAGAAAUUCCUGCCGCCAGAAGGGACAGAAGACGGGAUGAUGAAAUCACAGAGAAACACUAAAAUUACUAACUCCACAACAGCUCGCCUUAUUUUUCUUGGACCCAAACUGUCAGGGUAUAAACACUAUUUGUUUCUUUUUUAAAACAUCUAUAGUUUUGCUGUAAAUAAUAACACUGUAUAAAUUCUAACAGAAAAAUAGAAUAAAUGUUGAUAAGGCACUGCCUCUUAGAACACAAACAGAAUAUUGCAAAUGCAUUUAACAUACUAGGGGUCUCAAGUGACUUCACCCUAGAAGAGGAGGGAGGGGUCCUGGGUGGGGGGGGGAAUCUUCACUGAUUCUUGUAUAUUAGCAAUUAUAAUGUUUGUAUAUGCAAAACUGCUAGCUUGAUUUUAAAAAACAGAAACAAAUCUUUAAAAUCUGCUGCAAAUUUAAAUAAUUCCCAAAAUGAGGAAUUCUGUAGUUCUGUGAAAAAAUUUUUUCUUCAGAAUACUAAUAUUUUGAUGCAUGUGUAUCACCUUAUUUUGAUUAAAUCUUUUCCAAUUUUGCAAACACUACAGUAUACUGCAACACAGAAGAUUUUAUCUGUAAACACAAAGCCCUUCAUCUAAUAUUUGUUGCUAUUGCCAAUUUUUCAAUGAAAUGAACUAAAAAUGAAAAAAAAACCCUAUACAGUAGUUGCUUUAGGGGGAGGGUGGGUGCUGUUAGUGCUUAAAAGGGGGUAAUGCUUGCCGCUUUAGAGGUGGAUGGUGCUCAUAAGAGGCCCCAGUCGGGGGUAUUUAAAAUGGACUAAACAGAAAUUCUUAGCUCGUAGAAUGGCAGCACGCUGUACAAUUAUUACUGUAUUGUGUACUGGCUAUAAGAUGUAGACACCUUUGAAUAAGCCAAUCAUUUGUAACCAUUCUAGCAGUGUCAUAUUAGGUUAAUAAGGCUGCUGUGUUUUAAAGGGCAUUUUUAUUUGGGUUUUGGUGAAAUCCUUUAAUUUGUUGAUUAUAUUCAUAUAAAAUCAGCAUUCAUUGACACAUAGCUCUAAUGACAUAUGUAUGAAAAACCAUACACUGGAUGACCUAGUCGAUUAUUUAAGCAUAAAAUAAAUUGUGUUAAACUCUUCAC